UUUAAUGAAUGUGCUUGCACACCAUAUAAUGCUGAUUUCGAUGGUGAUGAGAUGAAUUUACACGUUCCUCAGACAUACGAAGCACGAGCCGAGGCAUCCCUGUUGAUGGGAGUGAAAAGUAACCUGAUAACACCGAGGUCUGGCGAACCACUGAUUGCUGCAAUACAAGAUUUCAUUACUGGAGGAUAUUUGCUAACGCAUAAGGACAGCUUUUUCCCACGCUCCGAAAUACAUCGUUUUGCUGCAGCGAUUCUGGAUGCAAGUUCAAAACAGCAGAAGCGAAUUCGUAUACCACCACCGGCGAUUUUGAAACCAGUUGAGCUAUGGACUGGCAAGCAGGUAAGCUGA